AUGUUAGGCUACGGCGGGUUUUCCAACGCCAGCCCUCUGUCCAACUUUUACAAGACUAGCUUCGCAUACAGUGGACACCACUUUGAGUACUCCGAGUGCGCUAUUAUGCACAAAAAGGCCAUCACUUUUGGCGACCAAAUGAGCGCCGAUAAAGUGCUCAAAUGCCGGUCGCCGUGGAUGGCAAAGAGGUUGGGCCGAGACGUGAAGCCAUUUGAUCCCAAGAAGUGGUUCGAAGCCAGGGAUGAAAGAUGACAGACACUUAACACUAACGAUAAGACAAUGGAUGUGAUCGGCGGUGACACUGAAGAUGAGAGGGGUCGGUCUGAGGCGACCAUCAGGUUUGUGGUCAACGAUAUCAACCAAUUGGCUGAUGAGCACAUGAUGUCCGCCACCAACACAGACAUCGAGGAGAUCGUCACCGUUAAGAGUGUCCACGUCUUCCACCUGUCAUUCAACGCCAAUGAACGCGAAUAUGAGUUGAAUUCAGUGAUCAAAGACCAAAACCUGAGGAUAUUUCGGGAACUCAUCGACGGAAGAGUCGACUCAACCGCAAGAGAUUUGUCGCAAAGACUGGCAAUCAUUAAAUGCAAGGAUUGGUUCUACCCGUUGGAGAGGGAGAAGACUCGGGUCUUCCGCUUCCGUCAGCAACGGCUGUGUUAUCUCUUU